UAGGAAGCUGGUUGUCUCCUGACCGCCGCAGAGGUCCAGAGCCUCACGUCAAGUCUGGUCCGUGCCCGACCCUCUUCUGACUUCCGUACUGGCUCGUCCGCGCACGCGCCUUGAGAUGCUGCCGUUUCUGCGCAGGCGCAUUGUCAGCACCCCGCCCCGGGCGCAGGCGCAGUGCGAGCGUGUCGACUCUGGCACAGGCGCAAUGCAGCGCUCGGCCCCGGCGCAGGCGUUUGGGGGUUGGUUGCUCCCGCCCCGCUUCCUCGUCCGCCUUCUCCACCGGGCUCGGGUGGGGCCCGGAGGCAGCGAGUGACAGGCACUACGGGCCGCGGGAGCAGGGCGAGUGGCAGCCAUGUCGGACAGCGGGGCGAGCCGCCUGCGGAGGCAGCUGGAGUCGGGGGGCUUCGAGGCGCGGCUGUACGUGAAGCAGCUGUCGCAGCAGUCGGACGGCGACCGCGACCUGCAGGAGCAUCGGCAGCGGGUGCAGGCGCUGGCCGAGGAGACGGCGCAGAACCUGAAGCGCAACGUCUACCAGAACUACCGGCAGUUCAUCGAGACGGCGCGCGAGAUAUCCUACCUGGAGAGCGAAAUGUACCAGCUGAGCCACCUGCUGACGGAGCAGAAGAGCAGCCUGGAGAGCAUCCCGCUGGCACUGCUGCCCGCCGCCGCCGCGGGCGCCUCCGCGGGUGAGGACACAGCGGGCGCGGGGCCGCGGGAGCGCGGGGCGGCCCAGGCAGGCUUCCUGGCCGGGCCGGCGGGCGUCCCUCGCGAGGGUCCCGGGACGGGCGAGGAGGGCAAGCAGCGAACACUCACCACGCUGCUGGAGAAGGUGGAGGGCUGCCGGGACCUGUUGGAGACGCCAGGUCAGUACCUGGUGUACAACGGGGACCUGGUGGAAUACGACGCGGACCACAUGGCCCAGCUGCAGCGCGUGCACGGCUUCCUCAUGAACGACUGCCUGCUGGUGGCCACCUGGCUGCCACAAAGGCGAGGCAUGUACCGCUACAACGCGCUCUACCCGCUGGACCGCCUGGCGGUGGUCAACGUCAAGGAUAAUCCACCCAUGAAAGACAUGUUCAAGCUGCUCAUGUUCCCGGAGAGCCGAAUCUUCCAGGCGGAAAAUGCCAAGAUUAAACGCGAGUGGCUGGAGGUGCUGGAGGAAACCAAGAGGGCGCUCAGCGACAAGAGGAGGCGGGAGCAGGAGGAGGCAGCAGCCCCGCGUGCAACACCACCGGUCACUUCCAAGGGCAACAACCCGUUUGAGGAUGAGGAUGACGAAGAACUGGCCACCCCCGAGGCGGAGGAGGAAAAGGUUGACCUUUCCAUGGAGUGGAUCCAGGAGUUACCUGAAGACCUGGAUGUUUGUAUUGCACAGAGGGACUUUGAGGGUGCUGUGGACUUGCUGGACAAAUUAAAUCACUACCUGGAAGAUAAGCCUAGCCCACCUCCUGUGAAAGAGCUGAGGGCCAAAGUGGAUGAACGAGUACGACAGCUCACCGAGGUGCUUGUGUUUGAACUCUCCCCGGAUCGCUCUCUGAGAGGCGGCCCUAAGGCCACUCGAAGGGCAGUGUCUCAGCUGAUCCGGCUGGGCCAGUGCACGAAGGCUUGUGAGCUGUUUCUGAGGAACAGGGCAGCAGCCGUGCACACUGCCAUCCGCCAGCUUCGAAUUGAGGGCGCCACUCUGCUCUACAUUCACAAGCUGUGCCAUGUCUUCUUUACCAGCCUCCUAGAGACUGCAAGGGAGUUUGAGACAGAUUUUGCAGGCACGGACAGUGGCUGCUACUCUGCCUUUGUGGUCUGGGCAAGGUCGGCAAUGGGCAUGUUCGUGGAUGCUUUCAGCAAGCAGGUUUUUGACAGCAAGGAGAGCCUGUCCACCGCUGCUGAGUGUGUGAAGGUAGCCAAGGAGCACUGCCAGCAGCUGGGAGAGAUUGGGCUGGAUCUCACCUUCAUCAUCCAUGCCCUGCUGGUGAAGGACAUCCAGGGGGCCUUGCACAGUUACAAGGAGAUUAUCAUUGAAGCCACCAAGCACCGAAACUCGGAGGAGAUGUGGCGUCGGAUGAACCUGAUGACUCCUGAGGCCCUGGGCAAGCUCAAGGAAGAGAUGAGAAGUUGCGGGGUCAGUAACUUUGAGCAGUACACAGGAGAUGACUGCUGGGUGAACUUGAGCUACACAGUGGUAGCCUUCACCAAGCAGACCAUGGGCUUCCUGGAGGAGGCAUUGAAAUUGUACUUCCCAGAGCUACACAUGGUGCUCCUGGAGAGUCUGGUGGAGGUCAUACUGGUUGCUGUGCAGCAUGUGGACUACAGCCUGCGGUGUGAGCAGGACCCAGAGAAGAAGGCUUUCAUCAGGCAGAACGCAUCCUUCCUUUAUGAGACUGUUCUGCCAGUGGUGGAGAGGAGAUUUGAGGAAGGCGUGGGGAAGCCUGCCAAGCAGCUGCAGGACCUUCGGAAUGCAUCUAGACUCCUGCGGGUGAAUCCCGAGAGCACCACUUCUGUGGUCUGAGGCUUUGGUUCGCUGUGGGGUGUGUGUGUGUGUGUAUACAUGUACUACAGAUGCAUUAUUUGUAUUUACAUUACACAAUGUCAGCACAUUCCUCAGAGACACAAACAGCAUAUAAAAGCGCCCUCUUAAAAAUGCAGUCAAAGGCUGGAGAGAUGGCUCAGCAGUUAAGAGCACUGACUGCUCUUCUGAAGGUCCUGAGUUCAAAUCCCAGCAACCACAUGAUGGCUCACAACCAUCUGUACAGCUACAGUGUACUCAUAUACAUAAAAUAAAUAAGUCUUUAAAAAAAAUGCAGUCAAAAGAAGAAAGAUAAUAUGUUAAGCGUCACACAAAACCCCUCCCCUCCAAUACUGGUAUUGCUAGAGCACAUACCAUGCUUUGUUUAAAAAACAAACAAACAAACAAACAAACACUUUAAGUAGAGUGUAUGGUCACACCAGAGCAUUUCAGGUUACUCUUUAACUUGAAACACACUUCUCACAGUAGCACAUCCAGGAGCAUUGCACUUCUAUGCUGCCUAGAAAAGUAUGUAAGUCCACAGGGUUUAAGUAUGCUGUGAAGCAUUCCAAGUCAACAAAAUGGCUUCUUAAUGGUCAGUGCUGUGUAACACACCUGUGUUAUAUACUGAAACAAAUCAACUUGAAAAGAAAUGAGUUGGGAAAAUUGGUUUGGGAUAAAUUUGAAUAAGUGGGCCCCAGGUCCUUCAGUGUUUGUAGCAUGUGGAAGGAAGCCUUCAUAAAACUUUGCGGCAUCCGAAAGUCACUGGAAGGUAGCAUGUUCCCUGGCUAAGUAGAUGCAUCUCUUUUGGGGAAUCACAAGGACUGUGUGGAAUUUUUAACGUAUUCCAGAACUGAAUGGAUUUUCUGAUGCAACACAUUUUGCCAUGUUCAGGAAGUGAGUCUUGCUGAAAAGCUACACCAAGGGUCCUAGCAGUAGGCCCUUACUUAAGUAACUCCAACCCCUGCAGACACUUCACCACCAGCCUGGGUUUGGAGCCACUGAGACUUCUGGCAAAUGCAGAACUCCCUCUUUGAGUAAUUAUAGAGUUCAGGGUGUCUGUAGGUUAGGAGUUAAAAAAAGAAUGCAAUGUCACUCCUUAAGAAUGCUAGAGAUUUGUUUUUGGUUGUUUUGUUUUCUUAAGAUAGUUUUCAGCCCAGACUGGUUUUGAGCUGGCUUUGUCGCCAAGGAUGACCUUGAAUUUCUAAUCCUCCCAACUCCACUUCCCAAGGGUUGCGAUUACAGGUAUGUGCCACAAUGCCAUUUAUGCUGUGUUGGAGAAAAAACCCUGAUAUUGCUCAUACUAGGCAAGCACCCUACCCACUGCCACAACUGCUGCCCUGAUAGGUUUUGUAACCUAGUAACUGAGUGGGGAAGGACCUUCUGUGAUUCCUCAAAUGCUGGGCUGCAUUUUAAAAAACAAGAGCCCAGUGUGCUGGUGCAUACUUUUAAUUGGUACUGGGAGGCAAGGACAAGUGGAUCUCUGAGUUCAAGGCCAGCCUGAUCAACAAGGUGAAUUCCAGGACAGCCAGGGCUCUGUAGAAAGACCCUGCCUUAAAAACAACUUUUAAAAGAAUUCCAGAUUGUAAUACUUAUUUCAGGUUGUUCAGUAAAGGGAAAGGUGGGUAGGUGGGAGCCCCUAAGAUUUCUAAACUGAACUCUGCUCUGAUUAUCUUAAUGUUCUGUUAGAAUGUGUUUGCUGAGACCCAUUUCCCACUAGCUUGUAGCUGUGGUUUUUGCCCAUGAUGCUAUGUUUUUAUGUCCAUUGGUUCUAAAGGUUAUUUCUUGUCUGAAUAAAGAGGUGGUAGUAAGCCAUAAAAUGAUGUAAAACCCUAAACAGCUUCUGCAGUGAUCCAAAGUUGUUAAGACUCCUCAGCUUCAUUAACUCAACUCAGACCAGCAGGUUUUCUUUCUCUCUCUUUUUUUUAAGCUCUCCGUAUGUAGAAAGAUCACUGAGAUCACCAUUACAGACUUUCACUUUUUCCAUGUUAGGGUUUGUUUUAAGUGACAGGGUCCCUCUAUAAGACCAAGCUGGCCUUGAACUCACAGAGAUCACCCUGCUUCUGCCUCCUGAGUGCUGGGAUUAAAGUUGUGCUCCACUAUGCCUUGCUAAGUUAGAAUUUUCUAUAUGACCAUAACUGGAUGUUCCAGCCAAACAGUUUCUCUUAAGAUACUGGAAACUUGAAUUUUAUGGAAUUGUGUGGUUGUGAGGAUACAUGUUUCCCCAUAAAAUAAAUGACUGUCUCUUUAAGGAA